GUCAAUUUUGUGUGUCUGAAUUAAUCCACAGGAAUCAAUUGCACCGCGUUUGGGUGCAGUCAUAUACGGCGUUAGAAACUUGAUGAAAUCAAGGUCACACUAUGGUGUUUUUUCAGAUAUGGAGCCACUCUCACCUCGGACCCAAUAAAACUGAAUACGCUUUCCUGCUUUUACUCAUCCUCUUCCAUAUCUUCCUUCCUCACUCUUCCGGUAAACCCAAUGGAGCGUGUGUUUCUCAAAAAGGUCGCUUUCCUCCUUUCAAAUCAGAGGGCAACCCUCCCAAAUGGGGUCCUAAAGAUAUGACCCUUUGUCGGGUUUUUCGCAAGAAGACUUGCUGUGAUGCAACACAUACACAUCCUGCACUCCUGUCUGUAAGGAAGCUUGCUUCUGGCGGGGAAGCUAGCCCAGAGUGUUUGCACUUAUGGGAACUAUUGGAAUGUGCCAUAUGUGAUCCACGCGUUGGUACUCGGCCUGGACCUCCUGUAAUUUGUGAAUCUUUAUGUGAGAACAUUUAUGACGCAUGCUCGAACGCCUACUUCUCUAUGGAUGUGAAAACACAGAUGCUUGCUCCUUGUGGAGUAAAUGAUUUUGUAUGUGGUAGGGCUGCCGAAUGGGUCUCCAAUGGUACAGAUCUUUGUCUUGCUGCAGGUUUUCGAGUGAAGCCAUCUGAUAUGGUCCAUGUUGCCUCAGAAGAGACUUUUUGCUAUGGGGAUAAAGCAAGUCUAGGUUCAGUUGCUGAUUCCUGGAGGGCUUCACAGUUUGAAUCAACCAAGAAAGGAGAGAACUCGAUGAUAUUUGACGAUUUCCAACAAUGGACUAGGAAUAUGCCAUUCAAUGAAAGAGUUUCUUGGGCUAUAGGAGGGAUGGUUCUAACAGCAGGAUUGGUGUUUAUAAGCAAAAGGAAAAGCAAUAACCAACGCCAGAAACUAGCCGCUAUUCAGCGCACCGCGAGGAAGCUGGGAAGGCUGGUGGAUCAACAACCUUCAAAUGGUUCAGAAAUUAGGAACAGAAUUUCCAGAUGAGAGUUCCCUUGUAUGUGUAAUUGUUAACAAUACAUAAUUAAUUGUGGUAAUUUAUAGGUCAAUCUCAUGUUUCAUGUUUCUUGAUUAAUAAUCUAAAUGAAGUCUUGAUGCCUUCUCCUUUCUCUC